AUGGCCCCCGCGUUGCCUGAUUCCAUCCAAUGUGCGGUAAGCACACGCACCAGUAGAUCAGACACGGCCAACGAGACAUUCGACAACGAUUCAGUUGCACGCAUCAGCCGUCACAGAACGAGCCAAAACGCACGAAUUGAAACGAGCUCCAAUGAUGCCAUCUUGAGGCCCAAGCAUGAGGCAUACCUAGGGGCAAGGCAUCGUCUGAGUCUUGUUCUUGCGUACUCCAGAAUUGUGCGAGUCCACUGCGUUUGA